GGAGGAAACAAACAGCGACUGGUACAUAAUAUUCAGACCGCCUGCUGGUGACCGUGAAGUGACUGAGCGGAUCUCUCUCACGCGCUCUCAGCACCGGCGCGCGCCGUCGGAGAAGUGACUAGUGUGGUGUGUGACGGUCGCCCCGACGACUAUCACUGCAGUUAUUAGCUGCUUAUCGCUGUCAAGACAUGUAUCACCGGCACGUGGAGGGACGGUUGAUGUCGGUUGCUGUGUUGGAACAUUUGAAAGGAUUAAUGUGCUGAUUCAACAUGAAAUAGGUCAGGGAUGGUGGAAGAGGACAAUCAUGUGGUGAAGGAGAAAACAGAGGCACAGACAUCGGAAUGCCACAGGCUGUCUCACUUCUGCCCUUCCUGCUGGCACUCAUGGGAUAUGCUUUUGCAGGGCUCAAUAUCUGGCCCUCCUUCCACGUUGCCCUUAGCAAUGCCAGUGUAUUUGUGGACUUCAGCACAAAAUCCAAUAGCAGCACCAUCCGCAACACGAGCCUCUCUCUGGUCAACAUGGAAACCAACACCACCCUUCUCACCAGGACUCUCCCCAACAACCAAUCGGCUGGCAGGGUGGAGUUCAACUGCUCCUGCUUUCUGUAUGCAGGAACUUUCCGGUUCCUGCUGAGGCAGACCAGCAUCUCUGCCAUUUCUAAUGCUAAUGCCACACCAGGCAGUAGCACAGAGAGCACUACCUGGUGGUGGAGUUCAGAACUGCAGGUGCAGUGGCCCACCUUUCACAUCGCUGUUCACAGGGCCGGAAACCAUUCAGCAUCUUUUCAGAUUGGGAUUUCCACCAAUGACCACUUUCAGGCAUGCUCCGGCAACAUUGAUUCUGCUCUCUUCCUGGAAGUCAGCUUCAUGGAGUACAAUCAGAUAGGGCGAAACAGCAUUGACAAGAUCCAGGCCCGCACACGACACCCUAUCAAACCCCUCCGUUCCCAGAGUGUCGAGCUGUCCUGCGCUUUCCCCUUCACAGAUAGAGACUUCAUACGGGUGGCUCUACGCUCUCCUCAUGUUGCACAGGAUGUGAAGAGCUCUGGACCGCUCUACCUGUCCCGGAUCUUCCCCUAUAAGUUGCUGGUGGAAAACACCAAUGCCUACAGGAGUGGUUGUGAAGGGACUAUGACUGUUAAACUCAUAACACCACCUUGUGCCCACAUCAAUGGGAAAGUAUUGCUGUAUAAGGAUACAAGUGGUGGAAGAGGGGUUGCUGUUACCUCUGGGAUGGAAGCAGGCGGAUCAGCACUAAUGGGGUUUGGACCAGAGGAGCCCUCCUCACCCCUGUUGGCCUUUAACUGGCUGACGCAGGGAGAGAAUGAGACAGAAUUCAACUGCUCUGUGUUUUACCCAGGGAGGAACAAGUACUGCUUUCGCUUUGUUUUCAACUUCAGUCGCUCCCCUAGUCCUGCAUCGACCUGUUUGGUGGUUUACAAGAGUGCAGAGUCAUGGGGCCCUUGGCUGCCGUGGAGUGUGUGUAGUGUGAGCUGUGGAGAGGGAGUGAGGGAAAGAGUGCGUAAGUGUCUGCUGCCCUCAGGUGUGGGAGGGAUGCAGUGCACCGGCAUGGUGAAGGAACAGUCUGUCUGCUCACUGGAGGACUGUGUCGUUUUUCCUGCUCCUUCUCCCUCCCUCCCUACUGUGGCUAUGGGCGUUGCACCCCUAGGUGGUAACGUGGUGGUGGUGGCUGGUAUCUCCCUGUGCCUCGCUGUGAUUCUGGCUACUGUUGUGGUUACUUUGUGGAGAAAGCUUUGCAGGACUCCUCAGUGCAGCUCUGUCCGCAGAGGCUCCAUGCAUUCCCCGGGAGGACGUAAACUCUCCGAUGAGGCAUCAAUUUGUGGCCACAGCCUCCAAAGACCCAGCCUUUCUGAUGGCCAUGGCCCUUCGGGGGGCAUGGGUGUUGGUGUAGCCCAGAAAGACAGGCCUUCCCUGGGCAGUCAGCCUCUCUCACAGACCCUGGUGAUGCCUCUCUCACAGGACCCAGAGAGGUUGUCACCCACAGGUCAGAAGAUGUUGCCACCAAUAUUUGGGUACCGAUUGGCUCAGCAGCAGUUGAAAGAAAUGAAAAAGAAGGGAUUAAAGGAGGCCACACAGCUGUACCAUGUCUCUUCAAGCCCAGUCAAUGACACCGUGGAGACAUCUGCUUCACCCACAAAUUCCCCCAUUCCUACACCAACUGGAUUCACUCAUCCAACACUCCCUUUGGGCCUCCAGGACGACGCUAACCACAACCAUUUUCGCAUUGCAGCUCCCUUUCCUGAGCCUCCGUUGCAGACUUCUAGGGUGACACCAGACAGACUGAGUCCCAGAGGCGUGGAGCUGGUCUUAGGUCCUUCUGCUCAUGCCAGUGGGGGCAGCUCAAAAUGGCGCGACCGCACUGCAGACUGGGUGGAGAUGGUAGAGAAGAGUGGGCUGGCAGGUCUCAGAGGAGGAGGAGAUGCUGGGAUGGGAAACUCCUAUCAUAAGAAUCCAAAUUUCCGCCGGACCUCCAGUUUUAAUGACACCAAAGCACAACCUCUAUCCUCUGAACGCUCCAGGCAGUUCAGAGAAAGGAGCAUGACCCAGGUGGGAUCUCGGACCCUUCCUGAAGGAAGUUGUUGGAAUAAAGGGGGAUGGGAGAGGCCACCAUACAGCUCUUACCCCAUUCCAGAGCACGGGGCCCCAGACUGGGCUAAAUCCAGACUCCAGAGAAAUGACCAGAGGAGGCCCUGGAUAGAGACAGCUGCUCCUUGUCACAACAAUGAACUCAAGCACACAGGAACCAACACAAACAGCAUCUCCGCAUCUGAGAAUCAUGCUAAAGCAGACCUCAGUGGAACUGGGGAACGGCAAAGGAGUGGUGGGACAGGAGGAGGAGAGGGAGUCUCGGGCAUCGGGGGUCCAUUUGUGGGACCCGCCAGCCUGAGUGUGGAUCGGGCAGAGCGUGCCGAGCUGAACUGGAACCGUCGCGGCCCAUCACCUAUCCAGAGGAACAUCCUGGCCCGCAAAUUAAAGGAGGCUCAGUCGUGCUCUGGGGUCAAGGGACGGCAGCGCAGCUCCACCUUUAGUGUGUCGUCCUCGGAGCAGAGGAAGGGGCGAUGCCGCUCCCUGCCAAUGUCUGGAGGCUACAGCAGCAGCAGUGGCUCGCCCUACAGGCUGAGCGAGGCAGAGCAAAGGAUGUUGGACCUGGAUCUGUCCUCAUGUUUAGGGGAAGAGGAGUAGAGCUUUGUUGUACUACAAAGGAGGAAUUGCCAUUUGCAUUAGUAUGUAUUCCUAACCUCAAUCCUCUCUGCUUUUUGUGAAUCUUAACAUAAACAGACAUAUCAGUGAAGAUUGUAUUGUAUGUUUAAGUUUGAGGAAAGCAAAACAUGUAUUUUUUUAAAUCUGAAAAUAUAUUUAAGUUUUUGUUUUGCAAAACAACCUACUGCAUUUUUUUUAUUGGAAUUGUUUUAAGAUCUCAAAUUUGAUAAAUAUGAGAGUCAACAUAUUUUUGUAUUCAGAUAGUCUCUGGAGGUUUCUUUGUAUACCUGCUACUGGUACAGUAUUUACCAUGGUAAGUCAUAUUUUACAUGGCCUUUUACAUGGAAAAAAAUAUUAGACCAUUAUUUUCUUCAAUUUCUUGUUCAUUUUAAUGCCUGGUACAACUAAAGGUAUAUUUGUUCGGACAAAUAUAACAAUAACAAAAAAAAUAGCUCAUAAGAGUUUAAUUUAAGAGCGGAUAUCUAGACAUUUUCAUCAUUUUCUUGUUAAUGAUUUUAUUAUUAUCAAGAAAACCAAGCUAUUUUUGUUGUUAUCAUUAUAUUUGUCCAAACAAAUGUACCUUUAGUUGUACCAGGAAUUAAAUGAACAAUAAAACAAGGGUGGUGUAAUAUUUUUUCCAUGACUGAAUGUCUGUAUGCACUCAUGAACACAAACUUAUCAGUGACAGUAUUCAAAACACCACAGAAGACAUGUUAGUCAUUCUACGCUGCUGUUUUUAUCAAAAAUGUGCUAUACUGAGAACCCCUCUCACUAUGAUGUAAUUUUCAGUUCGGGAUAGUUCUUGGGAUUGUGUGACAUAGGCAAUGUCAAUUAUUUUUUCAUAUAUUUUCUGCAGAAUAGUAAGUG